AUGAGCGUUUCCCAAGACAAAGUCGACGCCAUCAUGGCGCAACUGUCUCUCACCGAGAAAUGCCUUUUACUCUCCGGAAAAAACAUGUGGGAGACAUAUGAGUUGCCCCAAUUUGGCAUUCAAUCCCUCAAGACAACCGAUGGACCGGCCGGUGUCCGGGGAGCAAAAUGGACGGACGGCUCGUACACAACUUUCAUUCCCUGCGGCAUUUCCUUGGGUGCGACAUUUGACCCGCAGCUUAUCGAACGUGUCGGCACCGUUUUGGGUGCUGAAACUAAAGGCAAGAAAGCACAUAUCCUUCUUGCGCCAACGAUGAAUCUCAGUCGAUCUCCGUUGGGAGGGCGGAACUUUGAGAACUUUGGAGAAGACCCCUUUCUGACUGGUGUCAUGGCCAUGCACUACAUUCAAGGAAUCCAGAGCCAAGGUGUCGGAGCGUGUAUGAAACAUUUUGUCGCCAACGACCAGGAGACCCGGCGCUUCAAUAUGGACGAGCAAAUUGAUGAGCGGACGCUGCGUGAAGUGUACCUCAAGCCUUUCUACAUGGCCCUGAAGGCCGAUCCCUGGGCAGCAAUGACGAGCUAUCCCAAGAUCAAUGGCGAGCACGCUGAUACCAGCCGACAUUUGGUAUAUGAGAUUCUGCGCAAGGAGUGGGGGUUUCAGAACAUGGUGAUGAGUGAUUGGGGCGGCUUGAACUCGACGGUCGGAAGUAUCAAGGCUACUACAGACCUCGAGAUGCCAGGACCACCGGUACGGUACGGGCCUGAAUUGGAGGCAGCUGUGUGUGCGAGGCAGGUUUCGGAGAAAGAUGAUAUCGACCCAUCUGUGCGAAGAGUGCUGAGAACCCUUGAUCGAGCCGGUCUUCUUUCUUCCCAUGAAGAUUCUAAGAAUGUCUCUCCGACGUCGGUCGUCGAUGCGAUCAAUGACGCUACUGCCAAAGGGUGCGAAGAAACCCUUGACAGACCUGAAUUCCGAGCUAUUGCGCGCGAAGCCGCAGCAUCAGGAAUUGUACUUCUGAAGAACAGUGAUGACAUUCUACCGUUGCAGUCUGCUAAACUGAAGAAAAUAGCCAUUGUUGGACCCAAUGCGAAAACACCAACGGCGGGUGGCACAGGCAGUGCCAUUGUGAACCCGUACUAUAUCACCACCCCUUACGAGUCCAUCGUCGAAGCCGCUCAAAAUAUCAAUCCAGAUGUUGAAAUUGUACAUGAACAGGGAAUCCUCACCCAUCUGCAUCUGCCUUUGUUGGGGGACAUUCUUACCACCCCAGAUGGCAAGAUGAUUGGAGUCCAGGUGGACUUCUACCAUGGCCACAAUUUCGAAGGCGAUAUUGUUGCCACAACCUAUUGGCAGAAUUCCAUGGUGUAUCUGAUGAGCGAUGGUGACAUACCUUCCAGCCUUCGCGGGCAGCCAUACUGCUUCCGUGUGCUGGGGCGAUUUACACCCACCAUCAGCGGAGAAUAUGAUUUUAGCCUCUCCAACACUGGCAAAGCCAUGUUCUUCGUGAAUAAUGAGUUGUUUAUCGACAACAGGGAAUGGAGCAAAAUAUGCGCCAAUUUCAUGAAUUGCAGCAGUCCAGACAAGCUGGACUCGAUGCAUCUCCAAGCAGGCGUCACGUACGACUUCCGGAUCGACAAUGUAGCUGUGCCUCCACCAACUCGACCGCAUGACAACACCUUAUUUCAUCGCAUUGCCGGAGUCAAAGUUGGAAUGUUGAUUCAAAGUGAUGAAGAGACUAUGAUGGAGUCAGCAUUGAAUGCGGCUCGGGAGGCAGAUGUGACAAUUGUUGUUGCAGGCCACAACAAUGACACGGAACGCGAAGGCUGUGACCGCAUCUCUCUUGCUCUCCCGCGGCGAACCGACGAACUGAUUCAUAAGCUCUGCGAAGAAAACUCCAACACUGUCGUUGUGACUCAAUCUGCAUGUGCUAUCACAAUGCCAUGGGCUAGCAAGGCACGCGCUAUCGUUCAUGCCUGGUACCAAGGACAAGAAAACGGCAAUGCUUUGGCAGAUGUCCUACUCGGUUAUGUGAACCCGUCUGGGAAGUUGCCUCUCACCUUCCCGCAUAAGCUUGAGGAUCAUGGCUCUCAUUCUUGGUUCCCGGGAGAUGCAGUCAAGGAUCAUGCUGAAUAUGGCGAGGGGGUUCUUGUUGGUUACCGUUGGUUUGACGACCAAAAAAUCGAGCCGCUUUGGCCAUUCGGCUACGGGCUCUCGUACACUACUUUCGAGAUCACUGGUGUACAAGCAGAAGGCGCCAUUGCAGCAGACGGAUCACAGAAUGCGACAAUAAUUGCCACUGCUACUAAUACCGGACAAUGCGCCGGCAGUGAAGUCAUUCAGGUCUAUGUGUCUUCAUCUUGGUGCAUAAAGGCUGCCCCAAAAGUCCCGAAGGCACUGGCUGGCUUCAAAAAGGUGUUCCUCCAGCCAGGGGAGAGUAAGACAGUCCAUCUUUCUAUCGGUUGUGAUAUAGUAGCCUGGUAUGAUACAGAAGCGUGCAAUGGCACCGGUCCAGCUGGAAGAUGGCGCAUAGAUCAAGGAACAUACCAGUGCUUUGUCGGUUCCAGCUCGCGGGAUAUUUGUGCAGCAGUAGAUGUUAUAGUAGAAUAG